UGUUGGAAGAAGAACAAGCAAGGCGGUGUUUACAACUUACAAGCGUGUUGAAUCUGCACGAUUUAUAACUUUACUAUAACAAUUUAUGACUUCCAAACUCUUUAAGACUGAGCAACAUUCGUUAGAAUCGUCAUGUCGUCACGACACAGAAAUCCAGAUCGACCAAAAAUGGAGCCAAACAACAUCAGACUGAUGUCUAUCCUAACAUUACAGCCAUUUGAAGUUCGUGAACAAGACAGGUUUGGAAAGUGUCGUCCAGUUACAGAGUUUGAAAAGCUUGACCGAUUAGGCGAGGGGACAUAUGGAAUAGUGUAUCGUUCAAGAGACACAAAAUCUGAUGAGAUAGUAGCAUUGAAGAAAAUGCGAAUGGAGCGGGAAAAAGACGGAAUUCCAGUGAGUGGUCUAAGAGAGAUCAACAUUUUGUUGAAUUUAAGACAAGAGAACAUAGUGCAGCUGAAGGAAGUGGCAGUUGGGAAAAGCUUAGACAGCAUUUUUCUUGUAAUGGAAUAUUGUGAGCAGGAUUUAGCCAGUCUACUUGACAACAUGAACUCUCCUUUCUCCGAGUCUCAGGUGAAAUGUAUCAUGCUGCAGGUAUUUACUGGAUUGGACUAUUUACACAGAAAUUAUAUCGUUCACAGGGAUUUAAAAGUUUCAAACUUGCUAAUGACAGAUAAAGGCUGUGUAAAGAUAGCUGAUUUUGGACUUGCUAGGAAGUUCUCCUUGCCAGUUGACAUGGAAUUCCCAAUGACACCACAUGUUGUCACACUAUGGUACAGAGCACCGGAACUAUUACUUGGAGCAAAGACACAGACAACAGCUAUUGAUGUAUGGGCAGCGGGAUGCAUACUGGGAGAGCUGCUGGCACACAAGCCCCUGCUUCCAGGCCGAUCUGAGAUCCACCAGCUGGAGUUGAUCAUUACCUUGCUGGGGUCACCCAGCGAACACAUAUGGCCGGAUUUCCUACAGCUACCUCUCAUGAAGAAUUUUACACUGAAGCAGCAGCCGUACAACAACAUGCGGCACACGUUCCCGUGGCUGUCGGAAGCUGGCCUUCGAUUGCUUAAUGCUCUGUUCAUCUACGAUCCUCGACAGCGGGCAACAGCGGAAGAGAGUUUAGAAAACUCAUAUUUUAAAGAGCCACCAUAUUCGUGUGAACCAGAACUAAUGCCUUCAUAUCCACAACACAGACUAAAGAGUUCGUCAGCUUCUACUACAAACACAGAAUCCCGAAAAAAAUCUUCAGGUACUAGUCAAAAAGACCUGAUUGGUCCACAGUUGCCACAAAAAAGGAAGCGAUGACAAGAAAAUCAAAGGGGACAUCAGCCAGAAUAAUCAGUUGAGUCUAGUGUAAAUAAAUAUGUGAAAAUGAU